GGUUCAAGAACUCUGGUUCUGUUAAGUCGUAGGACCCACAAAAUUCCGGUAAUACAGUAUCACUUAAUCCAAUUCCAAAAGAAUGAUUCAUUCGCUAAGAAGUAAGAAGUAAAGGUUAAAUCGUCUCUAAUCUCUGUCUCUAUACGCCACUGUCUUCUCCCUUUUCUCUCUCUCUUUCUCCUCGAACAACUUUAUUUGAAUCUUUUAAAAGUUUCUUCUUUUCUUCUUUUUCAUGAGCUCUUUUUGGGGUUUCAUGUUUCCCGAGCUUAUCUUUACUGUUGUAACCAAUUUUACUUCAAUAAACUAAAGCUUGUUGCUUCUUCUUCCUUUUUCUUCACUCUCUCUCUCUCUCUCUCUCUAUCUAUCUACUCUACACCGACUCGGUGAAAUGCUCUAAAGAACCUAUUUUGUUUUCUGGGUCUGCGUUGUUCCGCCGGAGAAUACUCCGAUUGAUUAAGCUUCUCGGAUCUGAGUUGAGGCUAUGUACUAAACUGGGUUGUUGUUGGGUAAUUUUAGGGUUUUGUGAGAAGUGAUUGCUGAAAAGAGGGGAAGAAAGGUUCUGGGAUAUUCUAGAGAUUACUUUUUCUUUUUGUAUGUUUAUUCUUUGCUGGGGAAACUUGUAUCUGAAGGGAUAUGCGUUGAACGAAUAAGCUUAAAGCCGGAUUUUGCUGUCGUUUACUGCUAAUUAUGUUUUGUUGUAUCUUCUCUCUCUUGGGAAAACCAGUUGGAUAAGCUACGAGCCUAAUGUAUCUUCUAGUGAUCAAAGCAAUGGCUAAGCAGCUUGAUUUCUCGAUAAACCUGGUUCUUCAGUGCCAUUGUUCUUUCUGCUGUCAAUUUACCUGAGCUUUGGUUUUGGAGGACGAUUUUAGGGUUUUGUUAUUUUAUCUAGCUAUGGAGGAUAUAGGAUUGGUGAAGCAAGGUUUGAUAUGGUUGCAGUCUCAGAAACAUUUGUGCUCAUGGGUUUGUGCUGCAACUCGAUGUUUUGGGGAAAGGACAGAAGCUUUGGCAGAGCGUCAUUGGCCACUAGUGUGUAGUGGAUGUGGGAAGCUAUUAGGGCUGCUUAGUAUAUCGUUUGUUUACUGGAAAGACUGCAUUUCGAGGGGUUUCCAGUCCAGUGCUAAAUUUGGUUCAGCUGCUUUGCUCCUGAUUAUGUGGGGUUGCUUCCUUAGCCUGACUUCACUAUCUUGCUUGGUUUAUGUUCUGCUCGGUAUGGCAGCUGCUGGUGCUGUUGUCUUGUACUUAGGUCGCACUCCUGGGAUCUUCAUUGUAGGACUAUUUGGAAUUUUGAUUUUGUGGAUGUACGCUAAUUUUUGGAUCACCGGAACAUUAUUUAUAGUUGGAGGUUAUUUGUUCUCCUUGAAUCACGCGCGGGUGGUGGUUCUUAUGGCGACGAUGUAUGCAAUGUACUGUGUCAAAGUCAGACUUGGAUGGCCUGGAGUUAUUCUCUCAAUGAAUCUUGCAUUCUUGUCCAACGAUAUACUUAUCCGUCUUCUUCAGUGGUGUGAUAGUGUUAGUGAAAAAACACAAGCGGAGGAGCCAAAGAAACCUGAAACUGUAAUAGAUGAUGAGUUUCCAGGAGAGUUUGAGUAUUCUUCUGUUCCUGUUGAAGAACCUGAGAAAAAGGUUCAUGAAGAUAAGUCGUCCACUAAGCCAGCAUCACCGUCAACUGUUGUUAGUAACAUGAAGGAGAUUUCUAGUGUUAAGGUAGUUAAAAUAGAAACGGAUUCAGCUGAUGAGAUGAAAAGAAUACUUCAUAGUUUGAAUCACUAUGAAGCAUUGGGAAUCCCUCGGUAUAAAAAGAUUGAUGACGCACUGCUAAAGAAAGAGUAUAGAAAGAAGGCAAUGCUGGUUCAUCCGGAUAAGAAUAUGGGAAGUCCUUUGGCAAGUGACUCAUUCAAGAAACUUCAAAGUGCUUACGAGGUUCUUUCUGAUUCUGUUAAAAGGAGAGAUUACGAUGAGCAGUUAAAGAAAGAAGAAUUUAGGACCAGGAGUGUCUGUCAGACCUCGCACGCUUCUUCUCAUCAGAAUGUUCCGGGUUAUCGAUCCGAAGAGUCAAGGCGCAUACACUGUACGAAAUGCGGGAAUUCACACAUUUGGAUAUGUACAAACAGGAGCAAGGCAAAGGCCAGAUGGUGUCAGGAGUGUGGUCAAUAUCAUCAAGCCAAAGAUGGUGAUGGAUGGGUUGAACACAAAGGGACUCUCGUAUUCGAGAAAGCACAUAAGAUUGAAAUACCACGAGCAUUUGUUUGUGCGGAGGGCAAAAUCUUUGAUGUCUCAGAAUGGGCUAUCUGCCAGGAAAUGGCGUGUAGACCAAACACACACAGACCAAGUUUCCACGUGAACAUGGUUGGUUUAGAAAAGGCAACCCAGAGAUCAAACUCGAGCAGGUUCCCGUGGGAUCUAGAUGUGGAGAUGAUGGAUGAGGAUGAGGAAGAGUUUGAGUUAUGGCUUCAACAAGCUCUAGCUUCUGGUCUCUUCUGUGAGACAUCAAAACGCAGAAAAAGCUGGAGUCCUUUCAAGUUAACCAAGAAACAAUCACGACGAACAUCGACUUGACCCAAGAACAACAACACAAUUAACAACAAUGGCAAGAUCAACAGCAAGGGCUUUUUAUGGCUUGUUCUUUCCGAGAACGGAUAAUGAGCGAAGAUAUGAAGGAAUUAGCCUGAAAAGGAAACAACUUUAAUGAAGAAGAAAGGGACAUGGAAGCAUGAAACAAAUCGUUGGAUGGUCAUCUUUGGAUCCCUUGUCUGUAAAUAGAAUCCAGUCUGUCCAUCUAUCUAUGUACUGUGAUGUUAUGUUUUUUUUUUGUUUUCUCUGAGAAAUCGAAAAUUAUUGUAACGAGAAAGUUUAUUACAAUUCAAUAUCUGAAGAAACGUUUUAGACUA